UUGCCAUUGACUUGUUUUGUGUGCAUAGAUUCAACAGUUUUCCUGACUGCAGUGAUGAAGGGUAACAUGCUGGUCUUUGCUGCACUGUGUUUGAUCCUCUGCUGGAUGCUGUCUGUAGACUCCAUGAGGAUCCGUUUCAAUUUUGGCCACCGAGAUGCCAACGACCGCAUCCCAAUGAGCAUGGUCGAAGAUGCAGUUGAUGACAUGUAUCUUGGCUGCAAUGAAUCAAUGAUGAUAAAAGUCAAUGACGAUUACUUUAAAGAAAAACAGAAGAGGAGCCUAUUCAAAGAUGCCUGGAAUAAGGCAAAACGUUGUACUGAUACUAAAUUUAAACAGAGAGAGAACAUGUCUCUCACCAAAAAUCAUAUACAAGCAAUCUGUGUUUAUACAUCUAACGAUGUGUACAGUAAAUUCAAUGAUGCAGUCCGGACAAAAGGCAGCGACUAUGCCUCCUCAUUCCUAUUUCAUUCUUUACAUUACCUACUGACAUCCGCUAUACAAAUCUUGAAUAGCAACAACUACUGUCACCGUACUUACAGAAGAACCACAGCUAGGUUUACUGGGCAAGUCAACCAAAUAAUUCGGUUUGGCUCAUUUACAUCCAGCUCUUACAGCACUGACUUGACAAAGUUUGGUAAAGUGAGCUGCUUUGAAAUUAAGACCUGCUCAGGUGCUUUGUUGGAAAGUUAUUCAGUAUAUCCAGAUGAGAGAGAGGUGCUCAUCCCUCCCUAUGAGAUGUUCAAUAUAACUAAACAAUUAAGAGGUCGGGAUACAACUCAAGGUCUGAACGAUUGUGAAAAGGUCUUUGUCUUGGAGAGUGCAGGUGUUAAGAGCAAUCUAAACUGCAAAAUUGUGCAUACAUGAGAGUCCAGUGGUUCUUCUUUGAAUAAUGGGAAAAGGCAUUAUUCUAUCUUUAAACUUUCUAACUCUUUUAUCACAACUAAACAAUUUAGAGUAUAUAAACAUAGCAAAGCUAAUUGUCUUCAAUACCUAACUUUGUGCUUAGGUUUGGUUUGAUCAUUUGCGUCUUACUGUGU